AUGUCUAACUUCACUAGAUGCGCGGCUUGCAGAUAUCUUCGAAGGCGAUGUUGCGAAGACUGCACGUUGGCUCCCUUCUUCCCCUCGACGAACCCCACGCGAUUCGCAUACGUCCACCGUGUCUUUGGGGCUAGCAACGUCGCUCGAAUGCUACAGCAAAUUCCGGUCGAGCAACGAAGGCAAGCGGCCGAUGCCAUCGCUCUAGAGGCGUAUUGGAGAGUGCAAGACCCGGUGUACGGGAGUGUCGGUGUGAUAUCGAGGCUUCAACGAGAGAUCAACGUGGCUCAGCGUGAGCUAGCCGAGACGCAGGCGCACAUUGCACUCUAUGCGGCUCGAGUCCAAUCACCGAGCACUCAAUUUGAUCCGUCUAUAAGAGAUAAUAGAGCACCUGAGAAUUGA